AGUGUUACACUUGUCGGUGUGGUGUGCGUUUGUGUCUCCGUCUCGUCUCUCAGAACAACACGCUAAGAGCACCCGAGGUUUCGUGCUGGAAAGGUGAACAUUGACUUUAUUGCUGCCAUUGUUGUUCACUGCUGUUCAGCCUCGCCAGGAUUAUAUUGUGUGUUUGUGAGACGCCGGACGAACACGGUGACCUACAGUUUCGAGGUCUCACAUCUCCGAGAUAGAUGUCGCUGACGUCAUCCUAAGUGAGCGAUAUUCUUUUUCCUUGGGAGAGUUUUCCUCGAGGACGGAGAGCAAGCGCGGAGAACCAUGCGUUUGCCUGCGAAGGAUACUUAGUGUGUGAUAUUGAAUUCCCCUCCCCCCCCACACCCUUUCCCUAUCCCCUCUCGCCCCCCUCCCUCCCACACACCCCCAUCGCUCCCUCUCGCCGCUUAGUCCUUGUCGUGAGCGGCGGUUCGAAGCUCCGAAGCCCAGAGGGAGUGAAGCACGAGGCACGCGCUGUAGGCCGCUCGCUUCAGGAUGGGAAACGUUCCCUGCCGCACCAUCAAGACGGUCACCAUGCAGAAGAUCGAGCCUGUCGCCGACAUCGCCCUCAUCGGCCUGGCCGUGAUGGGUCAGAACCUGAUCCUCAACAUGAACGACCACGACUGGGUCGUCGUGGCGCACAACCGCAGCGUGGAGAAGGUGGACGACUUCCUGGCUAACGGCGCCAAGGGGACCAAGGUAAUCGGCGCCCACUCGAUCGAGGAGAUGGUCGCCAAGCUUAAGAAGCCUCGCAGGGUCAUGAUGCUCGUCAAGGCUGGUGCAGCCGUAGACGGUUUCAUUGAGAAGCUGGUACCCCUCUUAGAGAAGGGAGAUAUUAUUAUUGAUGGUGGAAAUUCUGAAUACCAAGACACACAGAGAAGGUGCCAAUACCUUGCUGAGAAAGGCCUACUGUAUGUUGGGUCAGGGGUUUCUGGUGGAGAAGAGGGUGCCCGCUAUGGCCCCUCCCUCAUGCCUGGUGGACACAAGGAAGCUUGGCCCCACAUAAAGGAUAUCUUCCAGAGUAUUGCAGCAAGGUCAAAUGAUGAACCAUGCUGUGACUGGGUUGGUGAGGAUGGUGCUGGUCACUAUGUUAAAAUGGUGCACAACGGCAUUGAGUACGGAGACAUGCAGCUCAUCUGUGAAGCUUACCACCUCAUGAAGUCUGCACUGGACAUGACCCCUGAUGAGAUGAGCGAGGUAUUCAAGGAGUGGAACAAAGGCGAGCUUGAUUCUUUCCUCAUUGAAAUUACUGCCAACAUCCUGGCCUUUAAGGAUGAGGAUGGCAAACCUCUUGUGGAAAAGAUUCGCGAUGCAGCUGGUCAGAAGGGAACUGGAAAGUGGACUGCUAUUUCUGGGUUGGAUUAUGGUGUGCCAACCACGCUCAUUGCCGAGUCUGUGUUUGCCAGGUGCCUCUCAGCAUUAAAGGAUGAACGUGUAAAAGCCAGCAGCAUCUUAGAUGGACCUGAAGAAACAAAAUUCACUGGUGAUAAGAAGGAAUUCAUUGAACAGAUUCGCAUGGCUCUGUACGCUAGCAAGAUUGUAUCCUACGCCCAGGGCUUCAUGCUUUUGAGAGAAGCAGCAGCCAAGUUUGGUUGGAACUUGAACUAUGGGGGGAUUGCUCUCAUGUGGAGAGGAGGCUGCAUUAUCAGGAGUGUGUUCCUCGGCAACAUCAGAGAAGCCUUCGAGAAGAACCCCCAACUCAACAACCUCCUCAUUGACGACUUCUUCAAGGAAGCCGUCGGCAAGUGCCAGGCAGGAUGGCGUGCUGUUGUUGCGCAGGGAGCUCUGCUGGGGAUUCCUACGCCAGCACUCUCCUCCGCUCUGGCUUUCUAUGAUGGCUACCGGUCUGGUGUCCUUCCAGCAAAUCUAAUUCAGGCUCAGCGUGACUACUUUGGAGCCCAUACCUAUGAGCUUGCAGAAGCCCCUGGCAAGUUCCACCACACCAACUGGACCGGCACAGGAGGCAACGUCUCUGCCACAACAUAUGAUGCCUAGAGAGUCCCUAUCACAGGUUGUUACCAUUACUGUCUUGGUGCCUCAAGGUGAAGACUGCUUGGAUGGUGAGGUCUUGCCAAAGAUGCUCUCUUGGAGUAGUCAAAAUGAACAGCAGACCAGUUUGAUUGUUUUAUAUAUGAGUGUGUGCAUAAUACAUCGAAAUAGAUACUUGGAAAAUUACUGAUAUCACAAAUGAGUUGUGAUUAUCACCAUGAUAGCUGUGUAAUUGUUUUAGGAAACUGUGCAUAUGUGUAUGUGAAACCAGUGUCUUCUGGAAUGGGUAAUAGAUACUGAAUUAAUUAUUUGAACAGAUGUCUCAAAAACCAAGACGGUAAUUUCUGCCUCAUUUGUCUUUGAUACAUUCCACAUAAGUAGCUUUAUGUAUUAAAUUAUUUUUUAAAGUAUGAGAGUAUUUAGUAUAAAAUAGAUUGUUAGUAAUGUAUUACUUUUUAUAACUGGUUAUUUUCCUAAUAACCUGCAAUACAGAGUUGUAAGGUAUAUAUAUAUAUAUAUAUAUAAGCCAAAUAUCUAUUUGAUAAAAGUAGAUAGAUUUAGACUGGAUUUGUUUCGAGAAAUUUUUGUAAAAAAGAAGAGAAAAUUGUUGCAUAGAGCCUUGUAUAAAGAUAUUUCAGAUCAA